AUGUCAACAUAUUCCGAGGACCAGAGUGACGAUGAAGAGAUUGAUUGGGAAGAGGUUGAUGUCGAAGGGAUUCGUGAUGAUCUCCUGGUCUCCGAAGAUCCAACUCGCAAGGUGGCGUUCGAUAUCGUCCUAUCCAAGGCCGGAGAACAGCAAUCUACCAAGAAGCGUAGUGCUAAUAGCGCCGUGGAGCGACAAAUCCGCCAUGAAGUUCAUCGGAUGCACACCAUCACCCUGCUCACUGCUGGAGUCUUGAGGAAUCAACUUUUGAAUGAUGAGUUACUUAAAGCACGUCUUCUAUCAUUGGUUCCACUUCCGCUAGUCAAUGCCUUCAACACUUUCACCCCAGAGACUCACCCGCUCGACCGAGAUCGUUCCCGGUUGUUUGACUCUGCCUUGAAAGAUUUGGUCUCAUGGUGGUGGCAAUCAUUUCAGGUCAAUGAGUCUUUCGAGGGUAUGGUCUCACGGAGCUGGUCCGAAGCAGAAGCGUUAUACCGAAUCCGUGAUGACGUCAAUGGAAAAGGAAAAGCCAAAGAUACUUGCGCAGAGGACGGAUUUCUUCAACUUUUAGAAUUUGGAGAGCCUAUACAUGGUGUCAAAAGCUUGAUGAAGCGAGCACUAUUGAUGAAAGGCUCGAGGGAUAUGUCCGCUCAGCUAUUUACCAGUUGUUUGAGAGCUCUAGACAUACCUGCACGAUUGGUCUUUAGUCUUCAACCGGUCACUUGGCGAGGCGCCGGCGCUGGAGGCAAGUCUGCGAAUCCUACGACUACGGCACAAGAUGACACUGUUCCCGGCGAAUCCAAUUCUUUAAAUAAAAUCGGGCCUGGAGUGAUUCCUAACAAAGGAAAGGCGCGAUCGCAAAACGGGAAGACCAAGUCGAAGCGAGGCGAAUGGGCCGCCAAGGCUGAAAAGGCAGCAAAGGCUAUCAAAGCUAAAUCCAUCCGAGCUGAUAAUCGACCUCAGCGUCUCUGCGGGACCGAUGAGGGAGAAGAUGAACAAGAGGGAGGCCUCAAAUCACAGGCUGAAACUGUCCCAAUAGCAAGUUCGUCAAGGCAUUCACCAGUAAUCAAGUUACGCAAGUCCAGACCACCCACCAAAUCGAGGAAUUGGGCCAAGAGUCCAAGUCCGGAACCACCCGAGAUGAGUCGAACACCAGUCUUCUGGACCGAAGUUUACUCCAAACCGAUGAAAGAAUGGUAUUGCGUCGAUGUGACCAGGAAAAAAAUGCGGUGUAAGAACAUCAUGGAGCCUAGUAGGAAUAACCCACAGAACAAAAUGAGCUACGUCAUUGCAUAUGAAGAGGAUAAUUUCCUCAGGGAUGUUACGGCUAGAUACGCCCAUUCGUUCGGUGCGACUACGAUGAAAGCAAGAUUACCUUCCAAAAAGAAUGAGGAAGAUUGGUUUGAACGCGCCGCCGCUGUCCUCAAACGUCCUUAUAAACUGGGCCGGGAUAUUAAAGAAGAUACCGAGAUAGAAAAGGCACGGGGUACCGAGGCGAUGCCGACAACUGUCACCGGAUUCAAGAAUCACCCCAAAUACGCUCUCGAGCGCCAUCUGAGGCGAGAAGAAGUGAUCUAUCCCAAGAGGCCUAUCGGUACUUUUCGGGGGGAUAACGUUUAUCCUCGUUCCUCAGUGAUUGUCUGUAAGAGUACGGAGACUUAUCUGCGAGAGGGGAAAAGAGUAAAGGGAGGGGAGAAUCCUCUGAAGAUGGUCAAGCCUCGGGCUGUGACGAUCAAUCGGAAGCGAGAGACAGAGCUCCUCAAGAUGGAUGGUCAGCCAGUCCCAUUACAAGGCUUGUUUGCAGAAUGGCAAACAGAGCUCUUAAUCCCCCCUCCUAUCGUUGAUGGAGUCAUCCCGCGUAACGCGUAUGGCAACUUCGAUCUUUUCGCUCCUCAUAUGCUACCAAAGGGUGCAAAACACUUGCCGUACAAGGGGAUUGCCAAAAUCGCUAAACAGCUCAAGAUUUCGUACGCCGAUGCUGUGGUAUCGUUCGAAUUCCACAGAAAUCGGGCUACGCCUGUGAUCGAUGGUAUAAUCGUUCCGGAAUUAGAAGCAGAAUUCGUACUAGACGCUUACUGGACUUCUGCAGAAGCUCAGGAAGUUAAAGAGCUCGAGAAGCUGGAAGAAAGGUGCUUGAAAAGAUGGAAGAAGUUGAUCAUCGGCCUUCGGAUACGGCAGCGACUCCAACGGGAGUAUGGGCCUAAGGACACCCAAGUUCCAGAUUCUCAAGAACCUAUCGAAGAUGCUAGUAAAUCACGCCCUUCCACUUCCGCCUUUCAGCCCCCUAUCGCGGCUUUGAGUUCAGAGUUAAAUGAUCCAAAGAUACCGUUUGAGUUAUACACUGACCAUCAAAUGAACCCGAUGAUAGUCCCACAAGCGGAGCCUGAGGUGGAUUACAUCGCCAUCAAAGAUCUUCGACACUCAGAGCCAGCAGACCUGAAAGAGUCAUCGGUAGCAGACGUGCAUUCUUCGCGAUCGGGCAAAGCAAUAGAAUUAAACAACCUCAGAUCCUCGCCGAACAUGACCAAUGAGUGUAAAGAGUCGCUGGGGAUUGAUACAACUGGGAAAAGCAGAAAAUCUACAAGGGUUACAAAAACUGCUCGGCCCAUCAAGAUCUCGAAUAAUUCCAAGGGCACCAAACGGAAAAGCGUAUCUACCCCCGAGGUUGAUCGGGCAUUGCCCCUUUCCACACAGGCGUCCACGACGACCGGAUCCCGGAGUCGCCAGCCUAAAAGGAAUGAGAGCAGCGGCUCGAUCGAUCAGGAUGGGUAUGGCUCUAGUCCCCUGACAUCACCACCUUCGGCAAGUGAGCACUCUGACUAUAGCACGAUCCUGAGUCCACCCAAGCGGUCAAAAAUCGUCCAACAGACCACCGAACAGCCACCGCAGCUGAUCCCAAUCGGAAGCCCGCCCGGGGCCGAAGACGCCCCAGAUUUGAACACUAAAUCGGCCAGAAGACCGACUAGACGCGCGGCCGUCAAGGCCAACGAAAACAUCCUCCUAAGUUCUGCCGCUCUAGGGUCCAAAAGAACCCUCCGAGCUCGUAAAUAA